CUUCUGUUUACAGAUGUUGAGGAGGAAAAUGAAGAAUCAGUAGAUGACCAUUCAUUGCUUUCUUUGUCAAGUUCCUCUUCUCUGAGUCUUAAAACACCAUUUGUGGAUGUUCGGACUGAGAAAAAGGGCCUGCAGAGAAGAGUUUCUAACCGUCGAAAAAUCACAGUGGAAGAAUUUGGCGCUGCUGUUAAUAAAAGGGAGAUGGGAGGAGUGAGCAGCUUUGUGCAGGUGGAGCGGGGCCUCAGUGAGACCGCUUUCUCUGAGGGCUUCACUUUGGGCCUGAGCAAACUCAGUGAACCUGAUCUCACGACUGAUAUCCUUCACUGCAACACGGCUCUUUACACCCAGCCUGAUGCCGUCGCCUCUAACUUUUCCAUCGUUGCAACUCAGGACAAGCCAACGGUGCUGGCGUCUCAGCUGGAGAGACACAUGGAGCAGGAGGAACAGAUGGAGGUGGAGCAGAGCGAGCUGGGGAAAGAAAAGUCAGUUUAUGCAUUUCCAACUGAAGAAGGAGCUGAACCUCAGAGUGAAGAAUCCCAGUCAGAGCAAGAUGCAGAUGCAGCUGAAUCUCAAAAGGAGAAGAGCACAGCUGAUGGUCAGCUUGAAGAUGCUGCAGCCAUGUUGAAAUCUGAGGAAGAGGAGGCCGAAUCCCAGACUAUUGGAAGGGACGAUGCAGCUGAGUCUGAGGACGAGGGGAACAGAGUGGAAGCUCAAACAGAGGAGGAAGAUGCAGCUGACUCUCACACUGAAGACGAUGCUGCACCCAAGUCUCAGUCUGAGGAAGAGGAGGCCGCAACAGAGCCUCAAACUGAAGAAGAAGAACGUGAGGGUGACUCUCAGACUGAAGAAGGUCAAAGUGGAGUUGAUUCGCAGCCUGAGGAGGACGUUACAGCCGGGUCUCAGUCUGAGGAAGAGGAGUUUGUACCAGACUCUCAAACUGAAGAAGUAGAUAAAGCUGUUGAUUCUCAGUCUCCGGAGGACGUUGCAGAAUAUCAGAGUGGUCCAGAGGCCCCUGCAGCCCAUUCUCGAUCUGAAGAAGCGGACGAUGUGGCUGAUUCUCAACUUGACAACGAGCAUGAUGGCGAGCAGGAGGAGACAGAUGUUCAGCAGACAUCAAAACAGCUGGAACGUGACUUGGAACACAUCAGUCGAAGGGCUCAUCGCUCAGAGGGCGGCCUCAUUAUGCCCGUCACAGAGGCAGGGGGAGAUUUUGCAGACGCUACAGAGGCAGGAUGGUCUGAUAGAACGUCUAAAGCACACACCAGACUGGAAAUGGAAAGCCAAGACGGCGAUCAGCUUCAUUCAGGGAUCCCUGACUCGGCCGAGUUCUCAAACCAAGAACAGGCCGAUGCCUCUUACACAGAGGCCGAGUCUGACGCUGAUAAAGAGAACGCGUUUACUCUCCCGGAGGUGACGCCUGAUAUUGAAGACAUUCCCCAGGACCCUGCUGAACAGGACCCUGCUCAACAGGGGGAGGAGUGGGAGGAUGAAGAAGAUGAUGAAGAGGGUGGUGAGCUCCCGAGCAAGACUCCAGCGUUUGUCAAACAGAAAAUACACUUUUUUCCGGCCGAUGCUCAGGCUUCACCUUCUGUUUUUAAGAAUGUUCAAGCCAGCAACAGUACAGGUCAAGCUUUUCCUGCACCCAAACAAAAGCAGGUGAAACAGAGGAGGAAACGGCCAGCUAAAAAGGAAGCAGGCUUUCCCAAAACCUAUCUCAUGGGUGUGUUCAAGCACUUUGCAAAAACAAAGGUUUCUGCAGAUGUGUACCCUGUCCUACAAGAAAUAAUGGAUAAAUACUUUGACCGGCUGGCGGAGGACUUGGAGACGUACGCUGCUCAUGCAAAGAGAAAAACCAUAGAGGCUGAAGAUGCUGAGCUGCUGUUGAAAAG